UGUAAUUACCCCCAUUGUUUCUGGGCUCGCACUGUGAAAUGGUUCAUGAAAGAAGUGGGUUUUAGGGCAAAAAGUUCUAACGCUGUGAAGAAAUCCUCUGCAGAACAGGUAAUUCCCUCAUCAUUUGGCUAAAAAAUUUCAUCAAUGUCAAUGUCUAGUUUAAUCUGCAAAUCUUUACACCAUUUGAGGUCUGCUACUAUAGCUUCUUCACCAACCCACCACCACAAUCUCUAUUUCGUUCAAAACCACCCCUUUUCAUCAUCAUCAUCACUCGAAACCACUCCAAAUCAACACUCAUUCGCAGUGAAUUACUUCAUAAACUCGUGUGGGUUUCCUCUAGAAAAAGCUAUCUCAGCAUCGAACUAUGUCAAAUUUAAAACUCCAAAUAAACCUGACUCUGUCCUCGUAUUUUUGGAGAACCACGGCUUCACCAAAACCCAGAUCUCAAAUCUCGUAAGGAAGCAUCCUCCAGUAAUCUUAUGUAAACCGGAGAAAACCUUUUUCCCCAAAUUCCAGUUUUUCAAAUCUAAAGGUGUUUCGAGCACUGAUGUUGUCAAAAUACUAUCUUCAGAGCCAAGUAUUCUCAAAAGAAGCUUGGAAAACACAAUCAUCCCAUCUUUCAAUCUUUUAAAAAAAUUGACGGAUUCCCCAGUGGAAAUUAUUAAACGCUGUGCCAGGGUUCUCUUCUUUGAUCUUCAAGUUUCUGUAGUACCCAAUAUUGAAAUUCUGAGAGAAGCAGGUGUGCCAAAUGCGAAGAUUGUGUCCUUUUUUAAGCACGAACCUAGAAGAUUCAUGACGACUAGUGAUAGGUUUAGAAAUAUUGUGAAUGAGGUACAGAAAAUGGGUUUUAAUCCUGUGAGCUUGAAGUUUGUCAUAGCAUUUCAAGCGGUUAGCUCAAUGAGUAAAUCGACGUGGGCGAAGAAGGUUGAAGUUUAUAAGAAGUGGGGUUGGUCUGCUGAAGAGAUUCUUGUGGCUUUUGAGAAAUAUCCGUGGUGUAUGAUGGCGUCCGAGCAUAAGAUCAUGAGAGUGAUGGAAUUUUAUGUCAAUAAAAUGGGUUGGGAUUCUUCGUUUCUUGCAAGAAGUCCGAUACUUAUUGGUUAUAGCUUAGAAAAGAGGAUUGUUCCAAGGUGUGCAGUGUAUCAAGUAUUGUUGUCGAAAGGUUUGAUUAAGAACAACAAUUUUAACUUGACAAAUAUGUUGAAGAAACCUGAACAGUGGUUCCUAAAGAAGUUUGUCAACUGUCAUGAGGAAGAAGCUCCUGAGCUAUUGAAAUUGUAUAAGGAAAAGUUGGCUCUUGCAAAGUAAAUAGCAUACGGGCAUGUAGAUGAGAGUGGAUGAGGAUGUUUCUUUUGAUACCAACUCAACAAACAAUUGCUCUGUUGUUUUGCUUCACGUGGUUUAAUUCUGGUUAUUGAAUUAUCUCAUUUUGUCAUCUGUAAGCAAGUUUGAGUUCAAUGUUUUCACUCUGACAAAUGGGAUUUGAAGGUUCACAUUGCUGCAUUGAAUCUUUGUCAUUCUGUAAUGGCUGAGGCUUGAAGCAGUGUACCUAGAUCUGAAGAUUAGCCAACUCCUUAAUGCUGCAUUCAUCGUUUGAGUAACCGUUGCACAUUAGCAUAGAUAAUGUAGAUUGUUGUGUCCAGUAAAUUGUUGAUGUUAUGCCUAUGAGAUGUUAACACAGUAUAAGCCAUUGUCUAACUUUUUUG